UAGGCAACAACGCAAUGGCACACUAGCGCUAGAGUGUAAAAAAGCACAACUAAAAAUGAGAGAACGUUUUUAUAUCGAUUUGUUGACAGUUGUCAAAUUAAAAGUGCAGUUCAAUUUUUUAUAGUUUUUAGAAUAUCAUGGGCAGACGUAGUAGAUCGAAGUCUCCCUUCGAAUCCAGAAGGCGAGAUAGGGACAGAGACAGGGAUAGAGAGAGAGAUAGAGACAGGGAUUUACGUGAACGGGAUAGAGAUCGACAUCACAGGAGGAAAAGAUCGAGAUCGAGGGACAGAUCUAGGGACAAAAGGAGAUAUUCUAACGAUAGGGAUAUUCGACGUCAUUAUACUCGUAGCAGAUCAAGAAGUAGAUCUAGGUCAGUAGAAAGACUCAAAAAAAAGAAUACACUUCCUGAAAGACCACUGAUAACUCCUGCAGAUCUUGAGGGGAAAACAGCAGAUGAACAGGAAAUGAUGAAACUCAUGGGCUUCUGCACUUUUGAUUCAACUAAAGGCAAGAAGGUUGAAGGCAACGAUGUAGGAACUGUCCAUGUAAUUUUAAAACGUAAAUACAGACAAUAUAUGAACAGAAAAGGCGGAUUCAACAGACCCUUGGAUUUCGUUGCCUAGAGCACUCAUAUUUUGACUGACUAACCACCUUCAGGUCAUAAACCAUACCUCACUGAUUAUUCUUAACGUUUUUCAUUAUGAAUUUUAAUCAUGUUCAUUAUAUUUUUCAUCGUUAAACCUUAAUAAUAAUAGUGAAUAUGCAAGUUACAAGUUGUGUAGAUUGUGAUCUUAGUGUUAAGUUUAAUUCUUGUGAUUUCUAAAAAUCAAAUAAAGUUUUUGAUAUUCCUUCA